AACUCCAACUUAGAGAGACAAUGAAGUGUUCUUUUACAAAACCAGUGCUGUUCACUUGUGCAAUCCUUCUCAUUCUCAUUGUUGCUCAAGAAAACAGAGUCGCUGCGGUAGAGCCAUGUGAUCCUAUGCAGCUUAGCCCAUGCUUGGACACCAUAAGGAAAGGGUCAAAUCCAUCGGAUCAGUGUUGCAAGAAGGUGAAAGAGCAACAGCACUGUGUUUGCCAGUACUUGAAGAACCCUAACUUCAAAUCUUUCCUUAACUCACCAAACGCCAAAAAGAUCGCCAAUGAUUGUCAUUGCCCAUAUCCCAAGUGCUAGUCCAAGUAUUUUAUGUUGUCAUUUUCGAUGUUCUGUUUCUUUGCUUUCAAGACCCAAGAAAGGUGUUCCCUUUGGUCAUCAUUAUUGGUUUGUAUUGGUCAAUACGUUAAAACACAUCAUCAUAGAUGGUUUUUUUCUCUACUUCAAGUUUCUUACUUGUGACUUUUCCAAUCUCAAUGAUAAUGAUACAAAAUUAAUCUCUAAAUCAUCCAAUCUCCCUAAAUUUGGAUGCAUUUUUGUCAAGUUUGGCCAAAUUAAUCGGUCCUAACUUUUAAUUGAACGUUUAGUCGGUCCAUGAUUAAAUUAGUUUAUGACUUCGAUUAUACCAUAACCGGCGGAUUUUGUUACGUUAACCGACUUGAUUUAAACUGAACUAGUUAAAUCUUCCCCAAACCGGCUAAUGGUUUAUUCUCUUAAAAAAACUACUGUACUAAUAAGAUAUCUGUUUAGCCCUCUCUCGUCGUCUUGUCCCGCCGAUCACGAAAUCGAGAAUCGUUUCUCUCAACUCAUCUCAUCUCAAGAUCUUAGAUCUCGACGCCGUUCGUUGUCCCCGUCGCUUAAUCGAGUAUGAAUCAGGAAGCAGCUAAAACAGCGAGAGAGUCGUUAGAGCUGGUGUUUAGGAUGUCGAACAUAUUGGAGACGGGGCUAGAUCGACAUACUUUGUCAGUUCUCAUUGCUCUUUGCGAUAUUGGUCUUAACCCUGAGGCUCUCGCUACUGUCGUCAAGGAGCUUCGUAGGGAUACUAUUACUCCUACUACUACUACUACUACUACGCUAGAUUAAACAAGAUUAAGAUAAUCAAAUGUCAUUUUAGAGAUUCUACCUUUAUUUUUCCAAUUGUUAAGCUUCGAUUUCACUUUUUGCCAUUGCUUGUGUAAAUUAGGAUUGGUUAGGUGAAUGUUUCUUCUUUUGCUUAAGAGACAAUGACAUUUAAGUUGAGUAACA